AUGAGUAAGCAGAGAAAAAGAGAAAGAGAAGAGAAGAGAAGGAUAAUACAAAAAGAAAAUGACGGUUCUUUCUUCUUCUCUCUGUUCCUCUUCUUCAAUAUCGUUUCCGUUGACAUCUAAUUGCUAUGGCUUCACUUUCAGAACCCAAAUCCAAUCCUCAGCUUCCACCAACAUUUUUACCCAAAAACAUCGACACCAAUCUCUUAACCAUCGCCGAGUCCUUCUACGAGGAUGAGCUUUGGGCCGCAGCCUCUCUCCGCGUUCGUUCCUUCCACCAAUUCCGCCACGACACCUUCGGAGUGCAAGAUCAUACGAGGUACUUGGCUGAGCGCGAGUUCGAAGCACUUAAGGAGCGUGUUUCCGGGAAAAGAUUGGGCUUCAGAAGAGUCUCUUGCAUAAAUGCUUCCCUUCCUUUGUCGCAUAUUGCCACUCUCUCCUAUGAUUUAUGCUCUUCAUGUAAGUUUUCUUCCAAUGGAGAGGACAGGAUCGUAGUUGGCACUCUUGAUCUUAAUCAGUGCUUGAGCCUUCCUGAUGAAAUCGCAGGGGUGAAGCCAGAGGUAAUGGGAGCUGAUAUCACCAGGGCAUACCUCAGUAAUGUUUGUGUUGCUAGAGAGUUGCACAGAAAUGGGUUGGCUUAUGCACUUAUUGAAAAGUCAAAGUUGGUUGCUUAUGAUUGGGGCAUAACAGAUUUGUACGUCCAUGUUGCUGUUGACAAUGAACCAGCUAAGAAAUUGUAUAUAAAGAGUGGGUUUGUACAUGAAAGUGAUGAACCUGCGUGGCAGGCCAGGUUUCUAGAUCGACCCCGAAGACUUCUCCUAUGGUCGGGGCUCUCAAGGACCUAAUUUAACUAUUAUGCUAUAUCACGUGUUAAUAAGGUUUCUUGUCUAUUCUUAAGUUAUUUUCAAAAUAUUUCUACCUUGGCUCAUAUGAGUUCUUUUUCCUUUCAUUCCAAUGUUCAAAUGUAACGUGUUUUGCCAUUUUAGCAAAUUUGAUGACAAGGAUACUCUCUCUCCUUAAGAUAUGAUGCUAUGGAAUAUUAAGCAUA